AUGGCUCCAGUGGCUACAUUUAUGUUAAGUCUUAAGGAUUUGGGUGAAGCACACUUCUUUCUAGGCAUGGAAUUGCUUAAAGAACCUCAGGGUCUUAUUCUUACACAAAGGAAAUUCACUUUGGAUUUGUUGUCCGAGUUUGAUUGCUUGGAUAAAUGCCCUGCAGUAUCUCCCUUUGAACCAUCCUUCAAACUUCAUGCUGAUGUGGGUGAUCUUCUCCCGAAUCCUUCCCUGCAACUCAUUGCAUGCGUUAUCUCCUAUCCACCACUGGUAUUCAAGUUACUUGCUUUUUACUAUUUUGAUUGGGGUUCUUGUUUGGAAACUCGUCGCUCUGUUAGUGGCAAUUUUGUGAGUUUGGGUGGCUCACCUAUCUCGUGGAAAUCAAAGAAACAACCUAUUGUAUCUCUUUCUUCCGAUGAGGUGGAGUAUUGCUCUAUGAGUCGUGUGGUUGCGAAAAUCACCUGGCUGGUGCGUUUGCUUUCAGACCUCACUGUUUCUCCUACCCUUCCCGUGUCUCUUCACUCCGACAGUCAGACUGCUAUUCACAUUGCUAAAAACCCGGUCUUUCAUUAA